AUGUCAGACGUUUUAAGGUACCUCAUUGUGAUUGAUGAUGUAUGGACAAUAGCAGCGUGGGAUGCUAUCCGAUCCACGCUGCCAGACAACAACCUCGACAGCAGAAUCAUGGUGACCACUCGGAUAGAGGCCGUGGCCGUAGCAUGCAGUGAUGCUAGUGAAAUUUGUGGAGACAACAUCUAUCACAUCGAGCCCCUCAAUUCAGAAGACUCCAAGAAGUUGUUCCUCAGCAGAGCAUUUGGCUCCAAGGAUGCCAGUUGCCCCACAGAGCUGGAAGAUGAAAUGAACAAAAUUCUCAAGAAAUGUGGUGGGCUGCCAUUGGCCAUUGUCAGCAUCGGCAGCCUUUUGGCCAGCUAUAAAUCAGCGGAGCACAAGGAUAUGUGGGACAGAGUUUGCAAAUCAAUUAGUUAUCAUAUGGAUACCAAUCCCACCCUUGACGGGAUGAGGCAGAUACUCACACUCAGCUACGACCACCUGCCCUAUCACCUCAAGGGUUGCAUGAUGUAUCUUAGUAUUUUCCCGGAGGAUUUUCUCAUCAACAAGGAUCGGCUAGUAUACAGAUGGAUCGCCGAAGGAUUGGUUGAGGAGAAGCGGGGGAUGACCCUGUUGGAGGUUGCAGAAGCCUAUUAUGAAGAGCUGGUGAGCAGGGGCAUGAUUAAUCCCGCUGGCGAAAUAAUCAGCCAUGUCUAUGGAGCUGUGGAGACAUGCCGGGUGCAUGACUUGAUGCUGGAGGUCAUGGUGUCCAAAUCCUUGGAGGCCAACUUUGUCAGCCUGAUAGGUGGGCAGUAUGAUGGGAUGUCCUAUGACACAAUACGCCGCCUCUCCGUCCAUGCUGGUGGGCAGAGGCCCAAGGAAUCUCCAUCCAACAAGGACUCUCCAUCCAAGAAAACCAAGGAAUCUACAUCCAAGAAAAUGGUUAAGAAGAAUGACUUAAAAGACAUUAAUGUGCAGCAUGUCCGAUCACUGAGUAUGUUUCAGCUCGAAGGGAACAAGCUGCUUGAUCGUCUGGGUGAGUUCACUCUGCUGAGAGUACUAGACCUGGAAGACUGCAAGGGUGUAGAAAACAAGCAUAUGAGCCACAUCUGUCGGAUGUACCUUCUAAGGUAUUUGUCCCUGAGAGGUACAGAUAUCAGUGUGCUGCCUACAAAAGUCUGUGAUCUGGAGCAUUUGCAGACACUUGAUGUACGUGCCACCGGCCUUGCUAGACUUCCAGAAACCCUGAUAAAACUAGAGAAACUUGAGCGCUUGUUCUUCUCCCAGAAGGAUGUUUGGUCUACCAUGUGGAAGCCACCUCAGGGUCUUUGGAAAAUGAAGGCGCUGCGGGAGGUGGGCUGGGUGUUGCUAGAAGAUGAUGCUGUUGAGGUUGCCCAAGAGGUAGGUGAACUAGAAAAUUUGCAAAGGUUAAGUAUCUACGUCGAUUGUGAGCGGCCCAAUGGUCCCAAGGUUCUUGAAGAACUUGCCCUGUCCCUGAGCAAGACGCACUCUCUCCGGUCGCUCGACAUGGGCACCAUGAGUUAUGAGGCCAAUGCGUUGAACUUUCUCCUUGAGCUCCCCUCGCCGCCACGCCUCCUCCGAUUCCUCAGGAUCGCUGGUGGCAUUGACAAAUUGCCCAACUGGGUCGAAUCGCUCACAUAUCUUGUUGAGUUUCACAUGUCAUGGGCACACUUUAUCGAUGACCAACUGUUUGGGGUUCUGUGUAAGCUGCCCAACCUGAAGAGCAUCUGGAUGCAGCGGAACUGCUACACUGGCCGAGAGUUGGUUGCACGUGCUGCGCACAACUUUCCGGCGCUCAAGAAUCUCAGAGGGACCUGUGAUCAGGAAAUGCCCAGAGUCUACAAAUUCGAGGAAGGAUCCAUGACAAAGCUCGAGAAACUUUCACUGAAUUUCGACAACUGGAGUGAGAAGAGCAUUGUGGGCAUUGAGCACUUGACGAGCCUUAAAGAGGUGCAGCUCGCAGGUAAGAGAGGGAACCCUGCGCUGGACCAGACUCUGGAGCUGCUAAAGGCGGAGAGCGGGAGGCACCCCAAUCAUUUCACAGUUGGAGUGAAGUACGACUGA